AUGCCGCCGCCAUCCAAGCAGCGGAAAGUCGCCAUCGUUGGCAGCCGAUCUGUUGGCAAAUCCUCCCUGGCGGUCCAAUAUGUCGAUGGCCACUUCGUCGAAAGCUACUACCCCACGAUAGAGAACACUUUCAGUAAAGUCAUCCGCUUCAAGGGGCAGGACUAUGCGACCGAGAUCGUCGACACUGCUGGCCAGGAUGAAUACAGUAUCUUGAACUCCAAGCAUUUCAUCGGUAUCCACGGUUACAUGCUGGUGUACUCGGUCUCCUCCCUGCCGUCUUUCGAGAUGGUUCAGGUGAUUCGCGAAAAGAUCUUGAACCACCUGGGCACGGACUGGGUCCCCAUCGUCAUUGUGGGCAACAAGAGCGACCUGCGGCCCGAGCAGCGCCAGGUCAGCCAGGAGGACGGGCGCAAGCUGUCGGAGAAGUUCAACUGCGGGUGGACCGAGGCGAGCGCGCGCUACAACGAGAACGUCGGCAAGGCGUUCGAGCUCCUGAUCGCACAGAUUGAGAAGUCGCAGAACCCGAACGAGGCGCCGGCCGGUGGCAAGUGCGAUGUCAUGUGA